AUGAGAGUAACCCGCUCUCAAACAGGGAAAACCCCCAAGAAAAUGGAUCGCCCAGGCUUCAUCGAAACUCCCGGUCGUCGCUCAAACCGUACCAGCCCUGUCGUUGACGGGAGCGAAAUUGAAACCUCCUCCCUUGCUGACACUUCCAAGGCUGCCACCCACCGUCGCACGUCAGACAAGGUCAAGAUCGAGGAGACCGACACGCCAUCGAAGCCUGCAGCUAAUGGCAAGGUCGUCACCCCCGAGAACCCGUCGAAGUCUCGCCUCAUCGACGGCUGGGAGCCAGGUCUCGAUCCGAAAAUCGACUACAGUGGACACUACGAGUUCGGCGGUUCAGUGGGUGUUCUGGCUAUGAUGAUUGGAUUCCCUCUGCUUAUGUACUACAUGUGGAUUGGCGCAACCUAUUAUGAUGGCAAGUUUCCAAGCCGGGAGGAGGGGCAGAGCUUCUCGGAGUUUUUCGCUCACCUCGGCCAUCUGGUGUAUACUGGUGCUUUCCCGUCACUUAAAGCUUGGACUAUCUAUUGGGUAUUUUUCAUUUUCGAGGGUGCAUGCUACGUGCUUCUUCCUGGAAUCUCCAUGACAGGUCGACCACUGCCGCACAUGGGCGGCAAGCAGCUGCCAUACUACUGCUCUGCCAUUUGGUCUUUUUAUACUAGCAUUGUGUUGGGAGUGGCUCUUCACGUGACUGGUCUUUUUAAGCUGUACACCCUUAUUGAUGAAUUUGGCCCUCUUCUUAGCGUUGCCAUUUUAUCUGGGUUCUUAGUCUCUUUCGUGGCCUACUUCUCGGCUCUGGCUCGUGGUGCAGAACACCGUAUGACCGGAUCCCCGAUAUACGACUUCUUCAUGGGCGCGGAGCUUAACCCACGUAUGUUCGGAAUUCUCGACUUUAAAAUGUUCUUCGAGGUCCGCCUUCCUUGGUUCAUCCUGCUGUUCCUGUCCAUGGGUACUGCUGCCCGUCAAUAUGAAAACUACGGAUAUGUGUCCGGCGAGAUGGUCUUCCUUUUGAUGGCUCACUUCCUCUAUGCAAACGCCUGUGGUAAGGGUGAGGAGUGCAUUAAGUGGGGUUUCAUGCUGAUCUUUUGGAAUCUGGCUGGUGUACCUCUGAGCUACUGCCAUUGCACCAUAUAUAUUGCGAAUCACCAUCCCUCGGAGUACCACUGGAAUCGGUUCUUCCUUGCGUUCCUGUUCGUCGCCUACCUCUUUGUAUACUGGGUCUGGGAUACUACCAACAGCCAAAAAAAUCGCUUCCGCCAGCAAGAGCGUGGCACUCUUGUGCACCGAAAUACCUUCCCCCAGCUGCCAUGGCAGACUGUGAAAAAUCCGAAGACUAUCACUGCUGACAAUGGCUCCAAGAUUCUUGUUGAUGGGUGGUAUGGUAAGGCUCGCAAGAUCCAUUACACCUGUGAUCUUUACUUUGCCCUUAACUGGGGCUUGAUCACCGGAUUUUCUAGUCCAUUCCCCUGGUUCUACCCGCUCUUCUUUGCCUGUAUGAUCUCUCACCGUGCUCUUCGUGAUAUCCAAAAGUGCCGGACCAAGUAUGGUGAGGCCUGGCUUGAAUAUGAGCGACAGGUGCCUUACCUGUUUAUUCCCGUGAUAUCAAUCUUAUUAUACUGCGUUAUGCUCAUCAAAGAGACUGUUCACGAUGUUGCCACUACGGCAGACGGCCAGAGUUCAAUGCGAAUCUAUGUCUUUCACCCCACCAUUCCAGGAUAUCCUCAAGCUCGAUUCCCUGGUGUCGUUGUAUUCAGCGAGAUCUACCAAGUAACUGGUCCUGUUGCACGCUUUGCACGACAAAUUGCUGGCCAGGGCUACAUCUGUGCUGCCCCGUCGAGCUACCAUGAAUUCACAGGUCCAGAGCCAAUGCAGUACAAUACUGAAGACACUGACAAUGGCAAUAAGUGGAAGAUUACCAAGAAACUAGCAGCUUAUGAUGAAGAUGCCACUCUAAGCGUUGAUUACCUGCUCUCACUUUCUACUUGCAAUGGCCUUGUCGGUGCGACUGGUAUGUGUCUUGGUGGUCAUCUCGCGUACCGAUGUGCCCUGGAUAGCCGAAUCAAGGCCGCUGUGUGCUAUUUUGCGACAGACGUCCACAGCCAUACCCUGGGACGAGGCAAGAAUGAUGAUAGUCUGGCCAGAGCUGCGGAUAUCAAGGGUGAACUACUGAUGAUAUUCGGCAAGAAUGACAACCAUGUGCCGCCGGAGGGCCGUGAUCUGAUCCGCAAGACGUUACAUGAGAAGAAAGUCUUGUUUAGCUUCUACGAGAUUGCGUGGGCUCAGCACGCCUUUAUCCGUGAUGAGCUCAGCAAGGGCCGCUAUGACCCAGCCAUUACAAAGGCCUGCUUUGAGAUGCUGCUAGAACUAUUUGGCCGUACCUUGAAGCUUGAUCUUGGUGCACAUGACGGAACUGAGUUGGUGGUGGAGGAUGUAUGCUAG